AUAUUUUGUUUAUUUGGUAGUUGGAAGAAAUGGUACUACAAAAUAGUGGAAGAUAUAAAGCAGACAAUGAUCCUGAUAACACAGGGCGUGAAGAUGGAACAGAUAAGAGACUGCAGAGAGCACUGGCUGGGGAUGCCGUGGAUAGCAAGUUUGGGUUCGAGAGAUACAAAGAAGCCAAAGACAGAACGGGAUGGCUUAUCAAUAUGCACCCUGCAGACAUAUUGGAUGAAAAUAAGCAGCUGAUCAGUGCAGUUGAUUAUUAUUUUUUGGAGGAAGAUGGGUCUCGUUUCAAGGCCACACUACCAUUCAAACCCUAUUUCUUUGUGGCAACAAAGCCCGGAUGUGAAAGGGAGGUGGCAUCAUUUCUGUCCAAGAAGUUCUCAGGAAAACUGGCCACUGUAGAGACAGUUCACAAGGAAGAUUUAGAUCUGCCAAAUCACUUGGUCGGAUUGAAAAGGCAAUACCUCAAGCUGUCAUUUUCGUCAGUGGAAGACCUAACGAAAGUGAGGAGAGAGAUUCACCCAGCAGUUCGUAAAAACAAGGAACGGGAACAAUCAAGUGAAGCGUACACUGCACUCCUCAGCAACCAUUUACUUGGAACAGAUAUUGAUAAUUCUGAAAACAAAGCUUCCAAUCAGAUGGAAAAUAUAAUAGACAUCAGGGAAUAUGAUGUUCCUUACCAUGUCCGGGUCUCCAUUGACCUUAAAAUCUUUGUUGGACACUGGUACACGGUAAGGGGGCGGGGCUCACUUCCUGUAGAGAUUCGGCACAGGGAGGACCUUGUGGAUAGACCUGAUCCUGUUGUUUUAGCCUUUGAUAUCGAAACAACAAAAUUACCUCUGAAAUUUCCGGAUUCCCAGACUGAUCAGAUUAUUAUGAUAUCAUAUAUGAUAGAUGGGCAGGGUUUCUUAAUUUGUAACAGAGAAAUAGUGUCCCAAGAUGUCGAGGACUUUGAAUACACACCUCGUCCCGAGUUUGAGGGUCCAUUCACUGUGUUCAAUGAAACUGACGAGGAAGCUUUACUUAGGAGGUUUUUUGACCACAUAUUGGAAGUGAAACCACAAAUUUUUGUCACAUACAAUGGAGACAGCUUUGAUUGGCCAUUUGUUGAGACGAGGGCUGCCCUUCAUGAUAUAGACAUGUCGCAGGAGAUAGGAUUCCAAAAGGACAACCAAGGCGAAUAUAAAUCAAGACCAGCAGUCCAUAUGGAUUGUUUUAGAUGGGUGAAGAGAGACAGUUACCUCCCUGUUGGCAGUCAGAAUCUGAAAGCUGUAGCUAAAGCAAAGUUGAGGUAUAAUCCAGUGGAAUUAGACCCAGAGGAGAUGUGUAGAAUGGCUAGCGAAGAACCACAGGUUUUAGCCAACUACUCUGUGUCUGAUGCUGUAGCCACUUACUACUUGUACAUGAAAUAUGUACAUCCUUUCAUUUUUGCUUUAUGCACUAUCAUUCCAAUGGAACCAGAUGAAGUUUUAAGAAAAGGAUCAGGAACACUUUGCGAGGCCCUUUUAAUGGUACAAGCCUACCACGCCAACAUCGUGUUCCCCAAUAAACAGGAGGCGGUGUGGAAUAAGAUGACAGAUGACGGACACGUUCUGGACUCCGAGACCUAUGUCGGGGGUCAUGUGGAGGCCCUGGAAUCUGGAGUCUUCAGGGCAGAUAUUCCUUGCAGAUUUAGAAUGGUACCUGAAGCAUUCCAAAAUUUGAUUGACAAAGUGGAAAAGACCAUGAGGCAUGCCAUCGAAGAGGAGGAGAAGAUUCCAUUUGAUGAGGUGACAAACUUUGAUGAAGUGUGUGCUGAUAUUGUAGAGAGUUUGUCAAUGCUGAGGGACUGCCCCAACAGACUGGAAAACCCCAUCAUAUACCAUCUGGAUGUUGGUGCCAUGUAUCCAAACAUCAUUCUCACCAAUAGAUUACAGCCCCCUGCCAUUGUGGAUGAGAGCACCUGUGCCGCUUGUGAUUUUAACAAACCAGGUGCUACUUGUCAGAGAAGAAUGCCCUGGAUGUGGAGAGGAGAGUACAUGCCAGCAUCUCGUAACGAGUUCCAUAGAAUUCAGCAGCAGUUAGAGAAUGAGAAGUUCCCCCCAGCCAUGCCAGGAGGCCCCCCAAGGGCAUAUCAUCAGCUGACCAAAGAAGAACAGGCAAUGGCUGAGAAGAAGAGGCUCACAGAUUACUGUAGAAAAGCUUAUAAGAAGGUUCAUUCCACUCGGUUGGAGCAGCGAAUUGCCACGAUCUGUCAGCGAGAAAACUCCUUUUAUGUAGACACUGUCCGUGCCUUCAGGGAUAGAAGAUACGAGUUUAAGGGUCUGAAUAAAGCUUGGGGUAAGAAGUUGGCAGAGGCCAAGAAGUCUGGAGAUGCAGCAGAGAUUAAGAAGGCUAAUGGAAUGGUAGUGCUCUAUGACUCACUUCAGCUGGCCCACAAAUGUAUUCUGAACUCCUUCUAUGGAUAUGUCAUGAGAAAAGGGGCCAGAUGGUACAGUAUGGAAAUGGCUGGAGUUGUAUGUCACACAGGUGCCAACAUCAUCACAAAAGCCAGAGAAAUUGUGGAACAGAUAGGUCGCCCGCUAGAGUUGGACACAGAUGGUAUUUGGUGUGUCUUGCCAGCCACUUUUCCAGAAAACUAUGUCGUGAAGUCAACAAAUGCUAAAAAGCCGAAAGUGACAAUAUCUUAUCCAGGAGCUAUGCUCAACAUCAUGGUCAAGGAUUUCUUUACCAAUGACCAAUACCAGGAGCUAGAAGACCCCAGAACUCUGAAGUACUCGGUCCGCAGUGAAAACUCCAUUUUCUUUGAAGUGGAUGGUCCAUAUCUGUCCAUGAUUCUCCCUGCCUCCAAGGAGGAAGGAAAGAAGCUGAAGAAAAGAUAUGCUGUGUUUAAUUUUGAUGGAUCACUGGCUGAGCUGAAGGGGUUUGAGGUGAAGAGAAGAGGGGAGCUGGAGCUGAUCAAGAUUUUCCAGUCCUCUGUGUUUGAAGCUUUCCUGAAGGGAACUACUUUAGAGGAGUGUUACGCUGCCGUGGCCAAGGUGGCUGAUUAUUGGCUGGACGUUCUCUUCAGCAAGGCAGCAAACAUGCCAGAUUCCGAGUUGUUUGAGUUGAUUGCGGAGAAGCGGAACAUGUCUAGGACACUGGCAGACUACGGAGAGCAGAAAUCGACGUCCAUCAGCACAGCCAAACGCCUGGCUGAGUUUCUAGGUGACCAGAUGGUAAAGGAUGCUGGUCUGAACUGUCACUACGUCAUUUCUAAGAAGCCUGAGGGGGCACCUGUCACAGAGAGGGCUAUCCCCCUGGCUAUCUUCCAGGCUGAGCCCAGUGUCACCAAACAUUACUUACGGAAGUGGCUCAAGAGUCCAAGCUUGUCAGAUUUUGGAAUCAGAGAAAUAUUAGAUUGGGAGUACUACAUAGAGAGAUUAGGAAGCUGUGUUCAGAAAAUCAUUACUAUUCCAGCAGCUCUACAGCAGGUGGCUAAUCCCGUACCCAGGGUUCCUCAUCCACCAUGGCUACAUAAGAAGUUGAUGGAGAGAAACGACGUAUUUAAACAGAAGAAAAUUAGUGAAAUCUUUGCCCCAGCGCAGAGGAAGAAAACAGAGGAAAUUUCCUCAGAGAGGGAGCUGUUUUCACAAGAGGAGGAGCCAAAUCACAGUGUCUCUGACAUGGAAGACAUGAUGAAUUUUAAGAAGCCUGCCAAUGGAAUGGUGGUCAGUCACAAGCGGAAGCGAGAUCGGUCGAGUAUCGGGGACUCGGAGGCCAGUCAGGACUCCCAGGGGUCCCAGACAUGGAGGGAGAUACUGGGACCACCCCCUCCAAUGGGGACCACUAAGGAAGAAAGGAAAACCUGGCUUGCAUAUCACAAGAAGAAAUGGCAGCUUCAAGCCAAGGACAGAACAGAGAGAAAAAGAAGAAGAGUAGAGUUUGGGGACAUAGCCACUGGGACUUACAUUGGAGGGAACAGAACAGGUCUAAGUGGAUUCCUCCGCAGAACAGCUCGCAGCAUCAUGGACAUGCCCUGGCAGAUUGUACAGUUAAUGGAGACAGGACACCCAGGACAGUUUAAGUUAUGGGCUUUGAUUGGAAAUGAUCUCCAUGCCAUGAAAGUCAACGUACCAAGGAUUUUCUAUGUCAAUCAAAGGACCCCCAAGGAUGGAGAGGGGCAGAUGUGGAAGAAAGUGAUAAAGACGCUACCUCGAUCACAUCCAGUGAUGUUUCUGUAUGAAUACUCAGUGCCAGAGGAUGUUUAUCAGGAGCAUAUCAAUGAGAUAAGUGCAGACCUGUCGUCCCCUGACAUCGAGGGUGUUUACGAGACCCAGGUCCCAUUGCUGUUUCGAGCCCUCUCCCGACUGGGCUGUAUCACAACAGUGAAUCGUGACUUUGCCAAGUACAUGCAAGGGCGAGAAACAGAUACAUUUGAGUUGGACCACCUAAAUUUCAGAACUGUGGCACAGUUCUCCUACUUGGAGCCAGGCACCAUGAAGCAUAUAUACCUUUAUCACCAUGUUUGUGGGAACAAAAUGAUAUAUGGACUUUUCUUCCCCAUGUCAAAGAGGACCGUGGUUUACAUAGUGGACACAGUGAGAAGUGACCAGAUGCCAACUCUGAAUGCUCUGUACAAUGCAGAGAGAAAUUCCAAAUUGACCAAAAUAGAUGAGGACAGUUUACCCCCUGCUAAUCACACAUUUGAGUACAAACUUGAGAAAGAUGUCCGCCAAGUGUACAGGUCAAUACAGAGGUCACUGUCAGCUUACAAGGACGAGAAACGAGGACCAACCUACAUAGCCAUUCAGUCACCGCAAGAUUUCCAGCAUUUGACCUCUUCCAUGCCAGGCCUGAAUGAUUUUCCUCUGGUGCCAAUUCAUGUGACAGAUAGCGAUAGCCUUUACAAUGUGCUGGACUGGCAAAGAGUGGGCUGUAGACGUAUGAUACAGCAGUACCUGUACAGUAAUGUAAUUCUCCAGUCCAUGGUUGAGCAGUGCCGGUUUCUUCACAUCCCUCUAGGAAACUUCCCUAAAGACAUCACCAUGUUUGGCUGUGACUUGUUCUUUGCUCGAUACCUGUAUAAAAACAACCACGUGUUGUGGUGCUCCCCCACGGAGAGACCAGACCUGGGAGGCAAAGAGGCCGAUGACAACAGGUUGUGUAUGGAGUUGGAGGAGAGUACAAGUGUUGAGGUGAACAACCCAGGAACUUUUCCCACUGUGUGUGUAGAAUUGGAGAUAGCUAGUCUGGCUGUCAACACAAUUAUUGAGUCCGCCCACGUCAAUGACCAGGAGGGGGCCAGUGCUGUCAGUUUUGAUACGCUCCCCCAGUCCUCCCUUGAAGAGAUGGUUCAGGGUCAGGGGGCGGCCACCUAUCUCGCCAGCUACGAUGAAACAGCCCUCUGCUCUACCAGCUUCAGAAUUCUGAAGACCAUGGUGCAGGGAUGGGUGAGAGAUGCCACAAAGUACAACAAUAUAUUUGCAGACAACCAGAUCAUUCACUUCUACAGGUGGCUGCGUUCUCCUAACGCCUUGUUGUAUGACCCAGCCCUCAGGAGAACCCUUCACAACAUGAUGAAAAAAGUCUUUCUACAGCUGAUUUCCGAGUUUAAGAGACUUGGAUCCAACAUAGUUUAUGGUAAUUUCAACCGUCUCAUCUUGUGCACAAAAAAGCGCCACCUAGUGGAUGCUCUGGGUUAUGUGGAGUACAUCACCAACAGCAUCAAGUCCAAGAACCUGUUCCACCUGGUGGAGAUGACCUACGCCCAGUGUUGGGAAUACCUCAUGUGGCUAGACCCCGCCAAUCAUGGGGGUGUGAAAGGAAAGCUGCCCUCUGAAACCCCACUGGAGCAGACUCAGCCUGAUCCUGACAAUGAGGGGGGCGGGGACAGUGGAGAGGAGGGGGAGGAAGAGGAGGAGAGGGAGCAGCAGGAAGUUCUGAACAAGUCCGAGGAUGAGGACGAGCCAGAGAUAGAAAUGAACUGGAACAUAAUGCAAUUCCUACCAGAGGCUGGGGCAUGCCAAACUAAUUUCAAUCUGAUAGUUGCUGGGUACAUUCUGUCGGUGUAUAACCAGCUUCAGGAGGAACAGAAAACCCUCACCCCUGGUAACACUCCCGUGAAGCGUCGCCAUAACAGUCAGAGCCAGAAAGUUGUAGAGACCACCACAACACCCCUAUCAGUUACGUUUGCUCAGGAAUUGGUGGCAGGAGACCUUGCACAACAAAUGUUUCUAAUUACUCAGAAGAUUCACAAGAAAUUUGGCCACGUCAGUGACAUGUCAGGGGAAUUUCCAAACAGACCUGGGUCACACCUGGCUAUGCAGAAUCCAGCUCUGGAAUUUGUCAAAUGUGUCUGUAAGGUUCUCUCUUUGGAUAGUAAUAUUAACCUACAGGUACUGAAGCUAAAGAGAGACCUUUUGAAGUUGAUUGGAGUUGGGGAGUUUGCCGAGGAAGCUGCUUUCACCGAUCCUUGUCUUUCCUAUGUCCUACCAGAGGUCAUAUGCAAAUCAUGUAACCACAUCCGUGACCUUGACCUUUGCCGGGAUCCUUAUCUUAGUCAGGAUAGGACAGAUUCCUCGUGGACCUGCGUGCAUUGUAAGGCCCCCUAUGAUAUGGACGAGAUUGAGGAUACACUCCUGGACGCUGUACACAGGAAGUCCAUGGCCUUCAUCCUGCAGGAUCUCAAGUGUGUCAAGUGUAAUGGAGUGAAGGACAAUAAUAUGAGAAAAUACUGUAAAUGUGCUGGAGACUUCACAAACACAGUAUCUUCAUCUGAUUUGGCAAAAACAUUAAUGACGUUCAAAGGAAUUGCCAGGCAUUACAACAUGGUUUUACUGACAGAAACGGUGGAAUGGAUAUUGAAAAUGAAUCCUAAAAUGACUUCAGACAAUUAAAAUCUGGAUUAGUGAUGUGAAAAGAAAGAUGAAAGACUGUGAUAUUUACAUGUACAUUGUAUCAAAUAAAGUGCUUGACU